UAAUAUUCCUUUGGAAAAAUAUUCCAUAAUUAACUUAGUAAGCCCUUUAAUAAUGAACAGAUAGAUUAUCUCUAAUUAUUUGCCAUUACGAACAAUACUGCAACAAAUAAGCUCACACAGACAUCAUUUCUGUGUGACCAUCAUUUCUGUGACCAUACAUCUGUUGGAUAAAUUUCCAGACAUGGAAUUGUCAGGUAAAAAGAAAAAGACAUUUAUAAUUUGAAAGAUGUUGCCAAAUUGUCCUUUCUCCUUUUCACUUCUGCCUUACAGAUAUUAUGCAAAUUCCCCUUGUGGCCAACCCUAAUCUGGAAGCCUGCAGAGAAUGGGGUUUGGGAAGAAGUGGUUCCAUUCAUCUAGUUGGCCAGAAUUUUAAAAUAAUUAAAACAUUACUUUUGAUUAUUAAAGUUUUUUCUAUAUUUUGAGUUAUCCUUGUACUACUACUAUUAAAUUCUCCAUUUCCCCAAUAACUUUGUGGCCUAAUACUUCAUUUAAAAUUUUGAUCCAUUUAGAAUUUAUUUUUGCAAAAUAUAUGAGGUAUAUAUAUGACUUAUAGUUUUCCAACAUAGCUGUAUUAUUGCCCUCAUAAGCACUUAUUGAAUAAUACUUUCUCCCAUUCCUUUAAGAUGCUGCUUGAACUAUAUACUAAAUUUCUAUAUUAGUUUCGGUCUAUUCCUUGACUUUUCAGUUUUUUCAAGCUUAUAAGAUGUUACUUUUUUAGCCUUAUACGGGUGUAAUUAACAAGUAAAACUGUCAAAGUAUAACAUGAUCAUUUGAUAUAUGUUUACAUGGUGAAAGGAUUCCCAUGUGGCUGAGAAUGUUGUAGCAAAUGUAGUGAGUUAACACGUGUGGUGUGGACUGGAUGGUGGGAAAGUCCUUACUUGGAAACGGAGAACUUAGCAGAGGGCUCAGGACAUAGAAAGAAGUCUAUUUCUUCUUUUUUAAUAUAUUGAGAGGAAUUAUUCCUUAUCUCCUUGGAUAUUUCCUUGCAGGAACUAAUGCAGACACAACCUGGGGCCAAUGGAACAGCUGUUACUGAGUUCAUCCUGCUGGGCUUGGUGGAGACGCCAGGGCUGCGACCAGUUGUCUUUGCACUCUUCCUCUUUGCCUACCUUGUCACAGUCGGGGGAAACCUCAGCAUCCUGGCAGCCAUCUUGGUGGAGCCCAAACUCCACACCCCCAUGUACUUCUUCCUGGGGAACCUGUCAGUGCUGGACAUUGGGUGCAUCACCGUCACCGUUCCCUCGAUGUUGGGUCGUCUCUUGUCCCACAAGCGCACAGUUCCCUAUGCAGCCUGCCUCUCACAGCUUUUCUUCUUCCAUCAGCUGGCUGGUGUGGACUGCUUCUUGUUGACCGCCAUGGCCUAUGACCGAUUCCUGGCCAUUUGCCGACCCCUCACUUACAGCACCCGCAUGAGCCAGACGGUCCAGAGGAUACUGGUGGCUGUGUCCUGGGCUUGUGCCUUCUCAAAUGCACUGACCCACACUGUAGCCAUAUCCACACUCAACUUCUGUGGUCCCAAUGUGAUCAACCACUUCUACUGUGACCUCCCGCAGCUCUUCCAGCUCUCCUGCUCCAGCACCCAGCUCAACGAGCUGCUGCUCUUUGGCGUGGGUUUCAUGAUGGCAGGUACCCCCCUGGCUCUUGUUGUCACCUCCUACAUCCAUGUGGCUGUUGCGGUUCUACGAAUUCGCUCAGUGGAGGGCAGGAAGAAAGCCUUCUCCACAUGUGGCUCCCAUCUCACUGUGGUUGCCAUAUUCUAUGGUUCAGGUAUCUUUAACUACAUGCGACUAGGUUCAGCCAAGCUUUCAGACAAGGAUAAAGCUGUUGGAAUUUUUAACACUGUAGCCAAUCCCAUGCUGAAUCCAAUCAUCUACAGUCUCAGGAACCCUGACGUUCAGGGUGCCCUCUGGCGGGUGAUCAAGGGGAGGUGGUCACUGGUGUGAUGAGGUCUUGUGUCAAUUUCUCCGUUUCCCUUUUUGGACUAAAGGAAUAAUUCUCUGGGACCAGUAAUUGGGACAAAUGGUCCAGAACCUUCUCUAUCUCCCUGAGCUUUUGGAUUUUUGGUAGGGGAUAAUAUCCAUAGGAGCCCUACCCAAUAUAGGCAAUGGACAGGUAGGUUCUGUCAGGUCAGUCUCCUUGACAAAUUACAACUUAAGUCACUGUACACUGCUUUUCUGGGUGGAAGUGAAACCCAGGAAGCCUGGAACGCCUUCAGGUGCAUAUCUCAUAAGGAAUAACUCUUUCGUUGCUUAUAGCAAGAAUAUCCCAGUAACUUCUCAGGUGGUCAUAUGACUUCUUCAAGUUCAGGAAUGGUUAAUCUUUUACAAAACAUAGGCCUAGAGAUCAGGAUAACUCUGUUUCUCCCAUCAGACUUCUACAAGCCAAACAAAGCAGCUCAUUUCUCUCCUAUCACACAAGAUAUCAAUACCACAGGAUAUAGAGGGAACAGAUGAGAAACUGUAUGGUCAUGUAUUCUUGAGUAACUCGGGAAAGCAUGACACCUCUGUGAAGAUUUUUACAACUUAAACUUUUUCUUUUUUUUAGUUUCAAACCUGUAGCAAAUAUGAUCAUUCUCAAAAUACAAGG